AUGAUGUUGGGUGUGUGGUCCCUGCUUCUUCUCUGGGGUCUAAUGACUCCAUGCCAGGGACUGCUUGAGACAGUGGGCACCCUCGCUCGGAUCGACAAGGAUGAGCUCGGCAAAGCCAUCCAGAACUCGCUGGUCGGGGGGCCCAUUCUGCAGAAUGUGCUGGGGACGGUCACAUCUGUGAACCACGGCAUCCUGGGCUCAGGAGGGCUGCUCGGAGGAGGCGGCCUGCUGAGCAAUGGAGGGGUUUUUGGCGUCGUUGGGAAGCUUUCUGGGCUGAAGAUCGAGGAGCUCACACUGCCCAAGGUGUCUCUGAGGCUCUUGCCGGGGUUCGGGGUGCAGCUGAACCUGCACACCAAGGUGGGCCUGCAUGGCUCCGGCCCCCUGGGGGGCCUUCUGCAGUUGGAGGUGGAGGUGAACGUGUCGUCGCGGGUGGGGCUGGGAGUGAGUUCGCGAGGCACGCCCAUUCUCGUCCUCAAGAGCUGCAGCACGCUCCUGGGCCACAUCAGCCUGCUGUCGGGGCUGCUGCCUGCUCCACUCUUUGGGAUCGUGGAACAGACAGUCUUCAAAAUGCUGCCGGGACUGCUCUGCCCCGUGGUGGACAGCGUGCUUGGCGUGGUGAAUGAGCUUCUGAGUUGUGCGCUGAGCCUGGUGCCGCUUGGGGCUCUUGGGUCCGUGGAAUUCUCUCUGGCUACACUGCCUCUCAUCUCCAACCAGUACAUAGAGCUGGAUAUUAAUCCCAUCAUAAAGAGCGCAGCUGGUGAUAUCAUUGACUUCCCCAAGCCCCCCGCGCCCGUCAAGGUCCCCCCCAAGGAGGACCACACAUCCCAGGUGACCGUGCCACUGUACCUCUUCAACACUGUGUUUGGGCUCCUGCAGACCAAUGGUGCCCUCAACAUAGACAUCACCAGUAAGCAGGUUCCCAACAAUGUCCCAUUGACAACCACAGACCUGGCAGCUUUGGUCCCUGAGGCGCUGGGGAAGUUGCCACCAGGCCAGCAGCUCAUGCUGUCACUGCGGGUGAAGGAAGUACCCUCCGUCAUCCUGCAGAACAAGAAGGCCACAGUCUCCAUCCCAGCUGACAUCUACGUGCUAUCUUAUGUCCCUAAAGGGACUCCGGAAGCUCUCUUUGAGCUGAAUGGGGUUAUUACUCUGAAUGCCCAGCUCACUCCCUCAGCUACCAAGCUGCACAUCUCCCUGUCUCUGGAGCGGCUUAAUGUCAAGCUGGCCUCCUCGUUUGCCCAUGCCUUUGAUGCAUCCCGCUUAGAAGAAUGGCUCAGUGAUGUUAUUCGGGCUGCAUACGUGCCGAAGCUCAAUGUGGAUCUGGAUGUUGGAAUCCCCCUGCCUAAGGUCCUUAAUGUCAAUUUCGCCAAUGCAGUCCUGGAAAUCAUAGAGAAUGCCAUUGUGCUGACUGUGAAGUCCUGA